AGAUUCAGCACAAGGGUUUUUCCAAACGAAGAAGAAUAUGCUGAGAUCGAGCAAAAUUCUCUCAGCAGCAUUACGAAAUGGUAAUGGCGGAAGCUUGCUUUUUAGAGAGGGGAAGUUUUCCUCCAUUAUCCCUCCCUGCAACCCUUGUCGAUGGACUUCCCUACGAUUCCAGGACGACGUCUAUAAGUUGGCGCAUGAGGCGGCUGUUAAGCAAUCACGAGCUCGAAUUAAAGAUGAGAUGAGUAGGAGUGUACUUACUGACAUGAAUGAAUAUGUGAAACAUCGUGGGAAGGUAUCAAAAGCGAAUAAGGUUAUAGUUCCUGCAGUGUCAGCACUCAAGUUUCCUUCCCUUGAAGUCUACUUUACGGAUGGUUCUAAGCUUACACUUCCCGUGACCUCCAAAGAAGACGAAGCAAAUUUGUCCUCAUCAGAUACUGCUGAAACAGGCAGUGCUAAGGCGUCUUUAAUAAGUCUAUCAUUUCGGGAAAGCUCACGGGCUUUGAUUGACUCAUGGACCUCACCCUUCAUGAAAGCAUUUGCACAUUCCAGUGAUGUUCGUUUGUAUGAGGUUUCCUUAAUGGAUCAAUGGUUAUUGUCACGUAAGCUCAUAAGGAAACUACUUCUUAAGUACAUGAGGAAACCCGCGCCUGCAGAGAAGCAAGAUGCUCUGCUUAGGCAGAUUGUUUAUUCCUUUGGUGAUCAUUAUUACUUCAGGAAGGAGCUUAAAAUAGUAAAUCUUCUUACAGGAUAUGCAUUCUUACUCGACAAAUCUGGUAGAGUACGGUGGUCAGGUACUGGAGCAGCAACAGAGGAGGAGUUGUCGUCCCUUUUACGUUGCACAUCCAUAUUGCUGGAAGAGAAGUAAGGAACAAAUGUUUUGAUUUGAUGUUCAAAUUUGAGGACACUUCAUCGAGCAAACAAGACUAAAUAAGAUCGUUGUUUUGGAAGAGUAAUAAUCCUUUUACUUUCCAUUGUCUACUCAAUAUCUAUUUCCAGAUGGUUUUGACCACAUGGAAUUCUAAUUGCAAAGGUCGUAAGCAUUAUUGCAUUUGACUUUAUGCACUUUCAUAUGAAUUUUAACUACAUUUAUUUAUAAGUCUAUUUGAAACUUCAA